AAGCAUAUAUUUUGGAAAAUGAAAAGACCAAAAAAAAAAAGAAUAUUAGUAUUAGUAAAAAGCUGCAGUAUGUCUCCCCUUUGUUCCCAGCUCGCAAGAGCAAUGAAUGGUUCCUUCCGCUUCACGACGCGCAUUGAAAUUUUCCUUUUUAAGAAAUAAAUAAAUAAAUAGCGAGGCAUUUAAAAAUUAGAAGCCUUAUUAGUAGUGAUUACUGAUUAGUCAAAUCUAGUCGCUACUGCUUAGUCAGCGUAACAUGAAACACUGGUGCGGAGAUCAUAACCCGCGUUAUUAACUCGCUCCAACAACUCGCUGACACACAGCAUAGAGAUUGAUAAAUAGAGAUAGAGAGAGUGUAUGUUAUGAGUAUGAUUAUGAAGAUGAACACGGUGGUGACUAUGAUGGAGGUGGAAGAAGAACAAGAACAAGAGCAAGAGCAAGAAGAAGAAGAAGAAGAAGAAGGAGGAGAAGAAAUAGAACAUGUGUUUAUAGCUCACGAAAUAGACCUGGAUUACGAGUUCGACGCGCCUCGCUUCUUCGAUUUCACGCGCCCAGAAACUCCCGCCGAAGCUCAACGAGCUGAGCUUUGGUUCCAAAAUGCUCCAACCUACCCUCAAUCUCCUUUCGUGGCGAAGCUAGUGGUGAGAGAGGGGUUCGUCUUGGAAGAUGCUAGUGACUCUCUAAAAUCGAAGAUUCUGGAAUUUGCGACCAAUGUAGAUGAUGAGAAAUCUAGUGUUGCUUCGGCGAUGGAAUUUUCGCUUACGGUUGUUGACGACAAUGAUAAUGGUUCGAAAGCACAUGGUGGCAUUCUGCAUAGUGAUGCUACGAAUCAUCCACUUGAAUUACCUACAGGACAUACAUUUUCCAGUAAGACAAUGAGCGAUGCUGUGAAAUCCAAGGUUAAAUCUGCUGUGCCUAAAAAAUCAACUUUAAUGAAACCUACAGCUUGUCAGUUGGCCAAGCAAAACCGUUCCCCACAAAAUGUUGGUUCGAGAUUUCAAAAGCUACUAACUGCGGAUGGAAGAAAUUUAUCUACCUCUUCUGGAGCAGAAAGUCAAGCUGCCAAGAGGCAAAAAUUAGAGGGUGGUCUCUUGUGCAAGGUUAAUGAUGUGAAGCAGCAUACCAGUUUUGUCCACAAGGCACCUAAGAGGGCUGUAACAGUUGAUCACAACCUUUCUUGUUCCAAGUUAAAGCUCACUGUUCCUAGAGAACCUGAUCUUAAAACAGCACAUAGAGCACAAAGGAUAAGAUCCAAACAUGCUGUUGAGGCAGAGAAGGUGAUAGUGGCUGCCCCCAGAUUCAAAGCACGUCCAUUAAAUAAAAAAAUUCUUGAUGCUCCAAUAUUGCCACUUCCCAAACGGAGCACUCCACGACUGCCAGAAUUUCAAGAAUUUCACCUGAAAACUUGUGAGAGGGCCAUGCAACACAGUUAUGCUACUUCAUCAUUUUCACCUCACUGCAAUGAUUCUGAUAAGGGUUUGGACAGACAUGCUGCUGUCACUACUCUAGAAAAUAGAAUCAGACACUUUAGAAGGCCUACAGCCAUGGGUACACCAAAGUAUGAUGGAUUAGAUUUUACUCAUAAUUUGAAAGCUCGGCCUCCUAACAAGAAGAUACCUUUGAAUAAAGGAGAUAAUAUUUGUCAUUUCCAGAACAGCAAGAAGGAAACUACCAUGCCAAUGGAAUUUAAUGUUUACACUGACAAGGGGGUUCAGUGUAGUCCGCCAAUUGAACUCUUUAACAAGCUGUCCCUGACAUCUGAAGCCCAGCCAAAUAAUGGGUCUCAAUUGAAGUUGCCUCAGCACUCUGGGAUGUGCAGAAAGGAAAAACGUUAUAUGUUUGGGACGAAGCCAAUCCAUAAUAGAAAUGGUGGUUGCAUCAGUGAAGCUGGUACACUAUUGAGUGGAAGGAGGAGCUUGGGAAUUCGGUGACACUAAAUGACGAGGCAAUAUGCACAACCAGAUUUUGUUAUGGGCAUAUUUGAAAUUUUGCUCCUAACAUGAAGCUCAAUGGUACAUACAGGCUUAACAACUUAGUUGAUAGAUCCAUUACCAUAAACAAAAUUUUAGGAGAUUAAUGUUAGAACUUAGAACAGAAAUUAGCAUAUUUAUAUAUAUAACUUGUAAGUUGUAUCCUCUGCAACUGCCCCCUGGAUCAUAUUCAAAAAAAUAAAAAGGUUAAGGAAGUGCUGUAUAGGCAUUAAUCAAUAAGCAUAUUCCUUUUUGUGGUA